AUGGAGAAGUGGAAGAAGGUGGUCUGCAGCACAAUGGAGGUCAUCAUGGUUGUAGCGCCCAGCAUCCUCACAGCCACUCUCAAGGCCGCCCUGUUUUGUUCCCAGGCGUUAGAGUCCAUGCCAGACCUUUUGAGCAAACUGAACGAGCUCAACUAUGAGCUUCAGGGGAAAGAUGAAGACGCGGCACACACGGCUGUCAAUGCCUUUAAGACCAAGGUGGGUGUGUGGGCCUCUCAGCUGAGGAACGGAAGGCUGGUGCACUACCCAAACCCAGAGAAAAUGUCACAAAACAUCGGAAACAAAGAUGAGUUUCUCCCGCAAGAAUUCUGCACCCACCCGGAGAAACUGGCAUCCGAAUUCAACGGGCGUUUUCAGGAGUUAAACGACAUAGGGGAGGUUGCUGCAUUUAUCUCAAACCCUUUCCUCCCCAUUGAGAUUGAGGAGGUGCCCGCGAAAUUCCAGCAAGCAUUUGCUUUACCAGUCGAGGUUGACAUGGGGAUAACUGAUUUGCAAAAUGACAUCGAGUUGAAAGCAAGCUCAAGAAACAGUGACUUUUGGGAUCUUGUAAACACUGAGAAGUUUCCCCUCCUUUCAUUUUCCACACUUAAGGUGAAGGCCUACUUUGGGUCAACAUAUCUCUGUGAGAUGGCCUUUUCACAGAAGCUGAGCGGGCUAACAAUGGCAGGCCACGGUUCGUCAGCUAUCUUGAAAGAUGUCGUCGCAUAUGUCGACGUCUGGUCGUCAGACAAAACGGACAACUAUUCGAAACCGUUCGUCAAGCAGCUCCAGGAAUUGGGGGCUGAGGUAUCCAAAACAUUUAAUAAGCAAGUCACCCAUGUUGUCUUCAAGAAUGGUCAUCAGGCAACCUGGGUUCUAGCCAAGAAAAGAGGUUCAAAGCUGGUCUCUGUUCUGUGGGUGGCAAGAUGUAAAGAAGAUGGUGAACAUGUGGAUGAAGAAUUGUUUCCAGCAUUGAAUGACGAACUCAACUCUGUAUUUAAGAAAAGGACGCAUCGUUGCAUGCAGCCAAGGCAUUCUCCUGACAGGACUCCUACAUCUGAUAGACGCAUGAGAAAAAAAUUAGACAAGAUGAUGAAAGACCUCGCUGCAAAAACAACUCCCGUCAAAGAUUUGACCACGUACGUUAUCGAUGAAGAAACUGGAAUAGUCUAUAGCCCAUCGCUUAAAAGGUCAGACUCUAUGGCAAAGCGUUUGAAAGAAAUGAGGGAGAAGAGGGAAGCUCUGUCACCUACAGCCUCACAGAUGCCUGGAUCCAGUUUAUCACCUGAGCUGAAGCCCUCUUGUGAGAGUAUACCAACUGUCUUAAAAUUUUCAUCAGAUGAACAGCGUGAUGAUGAAUCCACUGCUUCUUUUGCUGCUCAACUGGAUGAAUUGUAUGACCAGAAAAAAGAAAGCAAAAAUGAUGACAUCAAUCACGCCCACUCUGAACCACAAGAAAAAGGUGUCGAGGAACCCUGGCUAUCGCCUUGCAGAGAUGUGCCAAUACCCAAAUUGUUUUUUCCUUCAAAAUUCCCAGAUUUAGAAGAUGAAGAAAAAGGGACCAAACAAAACAGGAAGUCAAAGAGGCGCUCUGUCAGACGGGAAUCUGCAAAGAAACCCAAUACAUUAAGUUCUCUAGAAAUUCCUUGCCAGGAUAUCGGAUCUGAGGACCCUAGUGCUGCCAUGAGCGCAGCCGGUGAUGAUGAUGAUGGUGUUUUUGAGGACUUUUUCUCUCCAGCUAACCACCAACAGACUCAACAAAGACUGCUGUUGCCCAGCCUGUGUUUCGGGUCAGGGGUUCAGAUUCCUUUUGAGUUGGAGCCUGUCACAAAGAAGAGAAAGCAAAGUUCUAGCAGAGCCACCGGCUCUGAGUCAGACCAAAGUAGAGGAAGUAAACACACUGCAGCAGCUGGUGUGACGGAGGCCAGUACUGCAGACGUACAGUGUCACAACCAACAACUCGCCGUGACAGUUAAGAAAAUGGGCAAAGAGACAAAGACCGUGAGAACCCUGGUCAUGACCAGCAUGCCCACCGAGAAGCAGGGCAUAGUUAUUCAGGUGGUUCGGGCAUUGGGCGGGUUCUCCAUUAUAGACCAAGUGCGUGAGAGUACAACCCAUGUGGUGUCCGGAGGCCAUCAGCGCACUGUUAAUGUUCUUCUGGGCAUUGCCCGUGGAUGCUGGAUCCUCUCUUUUGAAUGGAUUCUAUCAUCCUUAGAGCAAAGACGAUGGAUUCCAGAGGAACCGUAUGAACUCUCUGACUACUUCCCAGCAGCGACGAUCUGUCGUCUUCAAAAGCACCUGUCUGCUGGGGAGCACCAGCAGGACUUGUUCCAAGAUCAGCCAGCCAUGUUCGUGUCCCAGUACUCCCAGCCACCUACUCACAUUCUGGUGGAGCUCAUCCAGUUAUUUGGAGGAACAGUCUGCAGAACUAUCCGACAAGCUGGUAUUUGCAUAGGCAAAUACAAUGGCAGGAGGCCGGAGGGAACCAGGAUCCUGUCCGAGCAGUGGGUGCUUGACUGCAUCACACAUCUCAAACAACUGUCCAGUGAAAACUACAACCUGGAGUGAACAUUCC